CGCAACAGACCCACAGUCCCCUCCUCGAUUUCAUAUUCUCGUAUAUGACAUAAAGGGAUACAGAUAAGAAUCGGUUACAGUCUUCAGACUAUAUAUUCCGACAUUCCGUUUGAAAAGAGGCGGUCUCGCGUGUAGCCAACUAGCCGAAACUGUGGUUCCCCUCCGAUUAAUUUAUUGCGCGUAUUGGGAAGUCCACUGGAAAGUCUCUCUCAAACUUAAAUAAAAGUACGCGGAAGUUAACCAUAUUUUACGGAAUUAUUUAUUUUACUUUAUUUUAUUUAAAUUACAUUUUCCUUUUGCCGCAAAGGCUUGAUAGACUGGGAUCAACCUGACAAAGCCCCGGCUGCCUAAAAUUUCCCCCACCUCUUGUGACUGCCAACGCGUGCACUUUUCACAUGAGAUAAAGACUGCAGCCCUUCUGACCCCUUCCACCUCUUCGACAAUUCCACCUGUUGUUAUGGAAGCCAGAGGAAAAUUUGAAUUUAAAGCUACGGCUGAGGAUGAGCUAAGCUUCAAAAAGGGAGACGUCCUGAAGAUUCUAGGUAAGGAAGAUGACUGGUAUAAGGCAGAGCUGUAUGGACAGGAAGGGUAUGUGCCCCAAAACUACAUUGAGAUGCAGACGCCAAGCUGGUUCAAGGAGUCGGCCAGUCGUAGCUCUGCUGAGGAAAUCCUCAUGUCCAGAGAGGUGGGGGGAUUCCUGAUCCGUGGCAGCCAGAGCUCCCCUGGAGACUUCUCCAUCUCUGUCAGACACGAGUUUGACGUGCAACACUUCAAAGUGAUGAAAGACAGCAAAGGCAAUUACUUCCUGUGGGCAGAUAAGUUCCCUUCACUCAACAAGCUUGUGGACUUCUACAAAAGCACCUCCAUAUCCAAACAACGCGAAAUCUAUCUCCGAGACGGCAGCCGGAAUGAUCCGAUCCCUCCGGCACCCCAACCGCUAAAGAGGGGUAGUCUGCCUGAGGAGAAGGGCUAUGGGGCCCCUAGUGUGGCAACAACCCAUCGGAGGGCAUCAGACCUGUCUCACAGCCAGCUGAACAAGAGACCAGUUGUGGAAGAGAGGGCUCACACCAUAGGCACUCCAGGCAGAAACAGCCCCCUGACCUCUCACCCAGCUCCCAGACGGACAUCUGAAAUACCUCAUUCACAGAGGGCAGUCAUACAGGUGAAAGCACUGUACGACUUCAGAGCAGAGGAAGAUGAUGAACUAGGCUUCAGUGCAGGCGAUGUCAUUGAUGUUUUGGACAACUCUGACCUUUCAUGGUGGAAAGGUAGAUUGCGGGGUAAAAGCGGCCUGUUCCCAGCUAACUACACCGCACCAUUCCAAGGAGAGGCCAGUGUGAGAUGAUCUGUUGUCAUAUGGACUGUGAUGAUUAAACCCUGACCACACAGAAGGUGCAGCAGCCCACAUCCUUGGACUUCUCAAAAUAAAUUGGUGCACACAUGAAAGAUGAUAUGGUGACACAUUUUUAUGUAAAGCUUGUGCCUAAUUGUUUUGUUACAAUUGACAGUUACACAGAAUGUCAUUUAUAUAAUGGAACUUCCGCAACUCAGCUUCUACAUUGUAUAUCCAUUUGCUAAAUCCAUUAUCAACCCCACAUUUUACUGUACUGUAUAAAACUACACUUGUAUUGAGAUUUUAUGAGCUUUUGUAUUGUAGGUAAUGUUUGAUUUAAAGUGCAAGGCCUCCAUGUACAGUGUAAAAUGGCAGUUUGGAAAUGCAUGUCUUAACUGUUUUAAAUUAAACACAGUAUUUCUGAUCCGUAAACUAAAACACUUUAUUUUGUCACAGACAAAGAAUCCAAGAACAUUUUCCAAAGCACGGGGUUUG